GGGUCUUCUAGAACCUUCGUCACUAGAAUAGAGAGAGUCUUGGAAAGACAAAAUACGCGACGCCGUUUCUUUAGGCUUCUUUUUGUUUUCCUUGCAAAAGAGCUUCUUUCAAUGGCGAAAGACGGACCCAACUGGGAUGGACUGCUUAAAUGGAGUCUCUCUCACGCCGACGGUACUCGACCUACUCGCCAGUUGAGUGAGGAGGAUCGAAAAUGGUUUACGGAGGCUAUGCAGUCACAGACUGUUGAUGUGGUCAAGCGGAUGAAGGAGAUUACGCAGGUUAUGCAGACACCUGAACAAGUUUUGGAGGCUCAGGGAGUAACACCUGAAGAUAUCGAAGAUAUGCUGGAUGAGCUGCAAGAACACGUUGAGUCUAUCGAUAUGGCUAAUGAUCUCCACUCUAUUGGAGGCUUGAUCCCUCUUCUUGGCUACUUGAAAAACUCCCAUUCUAAUAUCCGCGCAAAAGCUGCAGAUGUUGUUAGUACAAUCGUUCAAAACAACCCCAGGAGUCAGCAACUGGUUAUGGAGGCCAACGGUUUAGAGUCAUUGCUCUCAAACUUUACUUCAGAUCCAGACAUGCAUACUCGAACACAAGCUCUUGGUGCAAUAUCAUCUUUGAUUCGACACAACAAACCCGGGGUCACAGCUUUCAAACUCGCAAAUGGGUAUGCUGGCCUAAGAGAUGCUUUAGCAUCUGAUAGUGUAAGAUUUCAAAGGAAAGCUCUGAACUUGCUCCAUUAUCUCCAACACGAGAACGACACAGACUGCAACAUCGCGAGUGAACUUGGAUUUCCCCAUGUAAUGAUGCAUCUGGCCUCAAGUGAAGAUGCUGAUAUCAGAGAAGCCGCACUAAGAGGACUUCUCGAGCUAGCCAAGGACAGAAAUGAUGGUAGUGGCUGUAGCAUAGAGAAAGACGAUGAGAAGUUGAGGCAGAUUCUGGAAGAACGGGUGAAAGGCAUAAGCUUGAUGUCACCCGAGGAUCUCGGGGCAGCCAAGGAAGAGAGACAGCUUGUGGAUUCACUAUGGAACACAUGCUACAAUGAACCGUCUUCUCUCAGAGAGAAAGGUCUUCUUGUUCUUCCCGGUGAAGAGGAACCACCGCCUGAUGUGGCCAGCAAACACUUCGAGCCUCCUCUCAGAGCUUUUGCUGCAAAUCGGAAUGCAUCUGAGAAGGAGGAACCUCCUAAAUUACUCGGACCCGCUCCUUCGACUGGGACAGGCCAUGGAUCAGACAACCCUAGUUAAGAAUUUCCUGUACCAGAUUCAAUCUCUCCACAGUUUCCUCGCAGGUUGUUUUUAUGUGUUUGUCGGAUCUGCAGUCAAUGAAUCUCUGAAUUUUUAUUGAUGGGGUUACUUCAAAUCCCAAGUUCCCUCCA